AUGGACGUACAGGGGUUGAUAGCGGGCGCCGCGAGUAUUACGUUGGAGGAUGAGGAGGUAGGGGUGAGGUUCGACGAUGUUGCAAAGGGUGUUGUCGGAGAUGCACCAGAGCGGCAAACUUGGUCUAUAGUAGGGCGGUUUUUGACUGACCGGCUGUUGAAACAGGAGAUAAUGAAGCGAGUUAUGGCGUCGGCUUGGCGUCCUUUGAUGGGCAUCGAAGUCUCUGAUGUGCAACCAAACCUGUAUCUAUUCACCUUUUUUAACAAGGCGGAUAUGGAGCGAGUUCUAACGGACGGCCCAUGGGCCUUUGAGAAUGCGACUUUCUUGUGUCAACCAUUGAAUGUUGGCGAGGAUCCUACGCAGGUUGUGCUCUCCACGGUGGAUAUUUGGUUGCAGGUCUUCGAUUUGCCGCCGGGGUAUCGGACAGUGAAGGUAUUGGAGAAGAUUGGAGAUUUUGCAGGUGUGUUCCUGCAUGUUGAUGACCGAAAUUUCACCAGACCAUGGGUUUCUUAUUACAGAAUUCGGAUAACUCAUGAUGUUACUGCCCCUAUUAAAAGGCGAAUGAAGAUGGUGCUGCGGGAUGGUUCUUCGACGUGGGUAAAUUUUAAAUAUGAGCGGCUCCAUAUGUUUUGUUUUUUCUGCGGAAAAAUGGGCCAUACUGACAAGUUUUGUUUGGAGGCGAGAAGAUCCGGAUUGCGGCCUGAACAGUUUCUGUUUGGUCCGGGGUUAUGGGCUGGGGGUUCUAGUCCAACGAAGGUUCUUGGGGAUAAAUGGUUUCAGAUGGGGCAGGAGAGGAGACGUGUUAUUGGAUAUGGGAGUGUGGCUGGCGAGGUUACUGUUACGGGGCAGCCGGGGUUGGGGGCGGGUGGUUCGGUGGUGGAGGAGCUGGUUGUGGGGGGAGGGUCAUCGGGUCGAGGGAUGGAGGAGGAAGGGGUACGGGCAGAGCCGAAGAGGCGUAGGGUGGAGGAGGAGGAUGGUUUGGUGGUUAGGGAGGAGAGGGGCAUGAAUGUUGACUCCGUUGCGGGGUGUCUGGCGAGGCCUGAGGAUUAG